AUGUGGCCGAGAGCGAUCACCCAACUUGCUCUACUAGGUCUCUUCACAUUUCUCUACUCUGCAACGCCUGCGGCUGGCUUAGCCAGGCCGGUGGUGGCGGAAAGAAAGGCGGAUGCAAGUGCGCUGGAAACAGCGCAACUGCCUGUAGCAGUCAAGAUACCCCUGGACAAGCAGUAUGUUCCUGUUAUCAGGAACAACCGCACAGUCAUGUACAAGACUGCAUAUUUUGGUACCAUUUUUGUGGGCCUUCCUCGCCCCCAAAAGUUCACAGUCGUUUUUGAUACUGGCUCUGGGCAUUUCAUUGUCCCUUCGAAGAAGUGUGAGAUGCCUGCCUGCGCGAAUCACACCGCUUAUGAUCGCAGCUUGUCGUCUUCUGCGGUCGACCUUGACCACGAUGGCAACGUUGUUCCCGCAGAUUCUGAGCGAGACCAGGUUGCCAUUGCAUAUGGAACUGGGGAAGUUGUUGGCGAGUUCUCACGCGAGGCCGUUUGCCUGUCCAGCUAUGAUGGUGAAGCAGAGGAGGCGGCGCUAAAGCACCCCGAUUGCCUCCAGGUGAGGGUUGUGCAAGCCACGGAGAUGACCGACGAGCCAUUCCAGCAAUUCGAGUUUGACGGAGUGCUGGGGCUGGGCUUGGAAAGCUUGGCGCUGGAUCCAGAGUUCAGCUUCUACGGCCAGCUUACGAGGGUGCCUUGCGUGCGACUUUUCGGCAGCGCAGCCAUCUUGCAGGUGGGGCGUGCGCUGCGGCUUGUGCCGCUGUACACUUGGUGCAGAUCUGCGGUGACAAUGCCACUCUACGAGGAGAAGCUGAUCUGUCCCUUGGCAAUCCACUUCACCCAGGAGCACAUCAAGACCCACUUUCAAGAUGGCCGUCUUGUGGAAUCGACGGUUCCAGAAAUCCUGGCAGCCCCAUCAGGCAGUGCGGACUACGACAUCAUUUUGAAGGCGCCGUUCCCGAACAUUGAGAUACUCCGCUGGCACGCGCCUGACUCUGGAGAUAAGGAAGAGCAGUGGUACACAUUAGACAACCGACGGCUCUAUUGUUUACAGCGCAUGGCCGUAGAGCACUGGCCAAAGCGCGUGGCGGCUGUUGUUGACAUAUUGUAUGCUGACAAUGGCAAGGUGAGGAGGAAGUAUGACUCAACAACGAGCGGACGCUCUGUGACCAUCUCUCCCUCUAUCAAGGUACCAGCGCUUACCAGGUGGGACUGGCGGCUUCGCGUCGACCCUGAACCUGAUCCCGAUGCAGCAGUGGCGGCCUACGCGGCCGUAGAGUCGGACAAGGCAAAGCCGUCAGUGAGCGAGCUUUGCGAGGUACCCGGCAAAGCUUUUGAAGAUUUGCUUCGAGACCAGACCGCAUCCUUCGUUUCCAACUUAGCGGCGCUCCUCGGUGCCGCCGCAAAACCAGAAGCAGAAGCUUCCGAAGAACCCGUGGCGUCAUCUCCCACAGAGAGUACGGCGGCUUCUUCAGAUGGCUCUGAAAGCCGCGAAGAGACCCCGCGAGAAGUCGCUGGAAAGCCCAAGCUCGUUUUGAAAGCAGAAGAUGAGGCCAAAGCUGGUCAAGCCGGUCUCGAAGAACAGGCGGUGCGGCUGGUGCAAGCCCAACUUUGCCAGCCUGGCCGGAAAGGAUUUGUGUGGAUUGAGAAUUGGCACGCCCAUUUUCAAAAACAACUGGGUAGUCUUCGAACUUUCUUGGAGGGCAAGCCGGAUCUUUUCGUCGUCAAGCCAGGCAGAGGGCGAAGUUACAGGGUGGAGGCGGUUCCACCAAGUCAUGCUUCUGAUACGAAGACAUGGAAAAAGAAAUCCUCUCAAAGAUCCAGAGCUGGGCCGGCGCCUUGA